AUGAUAUCCAACAUGGUCGGCCUGGCCGCGGGGCUGGAGAUCAGCAAAGCCCUCAACGCCACCGUCGGGCCGGGAAAAGCAAACUGGGCAGCAGCGUCUUAUCCACUGACCCAAGGAACAUUUGUGCUGAUAAGCGGCCGCCUAGGUGCCGUUUACGGCCACCGCCACGUCCUGAUCGCCGGCGCAACUUGGUUUGUCAUUUUCACGCUCGCGAAUGGGUUCUGCAGGAGCUUCGUCGCAUUUAAUGCCAUGCGCGCACUAUCGGGUAUCGGCGGCGCCCUGAUCAUGCCCAAUGCCGUUGCGCUGAUCAGCACGGCGAUUCCGCCGGGCUCCCUCCGCAAUGUCACGCUGGGGUUCUUUGGCGCUUCGGCGCCGAUUGGGAGUUAUCUGGGCGCAAUUUGGGCGGGCGUGUUUGUUAAGUAUGCGAGUUGGGAAUGGAUCUUUUUUAGUCUGGCGAUUGUGGGAACGGUCAUCUUCGUUUCCUUGGCAGUAUUGCUACCAAGCGACUAUCCAGUUGACAAGAAUGGCAGAAUCGACUGGGUUGGCGCGUUCCUUGGUACAGCUGGGCUGAUUGUCUUCAACGUCUCUUGGAAUCAAGCCCCCGCCAGCGGCUGGGAUAAACCAUUCGAAAGUGUCCUCCUGGGGGUCUCCGUGCUCCUGCUCAUCCUCUUCGGGAUCUGGGAGCACCAAUUCGCCAAAACUCCCAUCAUGCCCCUCGGCAUCUGGACGGCGCCCUCGUUCGUCGCCGUCAUCUUUGUCGUCUUACUCAGCUUCAUGUCUAACGGAAUCUUCCUGUGGUACAUGGUCGCCUGGCUGCAACUCCUGCGCGGCGAGAGCAUCCUCGGUUUUGGCGUGCAGUGGACGCCGUUCGCAAUCGUCGCUACGGCUGGUACAUUCAUCGCCGCGUGGCUGAUUCCGCGUCUCGCCGCGCAGUGGAUCCUCGCGAUCGGCGCCGCGGCGAUCCUGGUCGCUAACGUUCUGCUGGCCACCAUGCCAGCUCACGACCAAAGCUACUGGGCGCAGAUCUUCCCUGCGACGAUCUUCAUGGCCUUCUGUCCGGACUUUGUGUAUGUGGCUGCGCAGAUUGUGGCGAGUAACAGCGUCCAACGCGCGCAGCAGGGGGUUGCGGCGUCGCUGAUCGGCACGCUAAAUCUGUAUGGCAAUAGUCUUGGUCUCGGCUUUGCGGGGACGAUUGAGACCGAAGUGAACAAGAAGCGGAGCGAUAUGGUUCUCGGAUUCCGUGCGGCACUGUACUUUGGGGCUGCGUUGGGACUGCUUGCUGUUUUCGUUGAUUUGCUGUUUGUGCGGGUUGUCAAGGAUGAGAGAGAGGGGUGGAGUGAGCCAGCUGAUGGAGGGGCCGUCGAGAUGGAAGAGGGGAUUUCGACCGCGGUUGAGGAGAGGUCAUAG